AUGCUUCCGUAUCUCUUCGACCGCUUCUAUGACAUUGAAGCCUUUGUAGAAUUUGGCAUGAAGCUGAAAAGUUGGAACGUGGAAAGGAAGAACAGGUUCCAGGGCCAAACGGAAUGGUACCGAGAGCACAACAUAAAGCGAUACCGUGUGGGUCUUGCACAUUACCAAGGAGUCCCCUUGGAAGCGGUUGACUUCAGCGGCUCGAUCCUCAACUACGACGGUCUGGGCUGCUUGGUUCACCUGAAAGCACUGAAACAUCUGGAUCUCAGCCGCUGCCCCAAAUUGGAUGAUUGGAGUCUGAGUCGACUGCACGUCUUCCAGGACACGCUGCAGGAGCUGUCCCUCGCUGGCUGUCCCCAGGUCACCGAGAGGGGGCUGGCUUGCCUCCACCAUUUGAAGAGCCUCAGACGCCUGGAUGUCUCCGACCUCUCUGUCCCCAACAAAGGUUUAGUUCGGAUCUUGCUCGAGGAGAUGUUACCCGAGUGUGAGGUUGUCGGGAUCCGCUACGAUGAUGAACUUGCUCUGUGUGACGAACCUGACGCUCACCAAGGUCAAAUAGAGAAGUUGCCGGGAGAUGGCUCUGUCCGGAAAGCUACUGAGAUCCCUACGUGAAUGGGACAGCUGUAGGAUUUCAGAGAUAUUUUUUCCCCUCCCCUCUCCACCCUCUGGAUCCCUCUGAUCACUCUCGGCACUCAAGUUGACUCAAGGAAAACAAAAAGUAUGUUUGUUCUAAACUACGCCUGGAUUUCUAUAAGUUAUUAUUCCUGGUAGUCACCCUUGUAAUAAAUGGAACCUACACGUUCAGAGACA